AAAAUGCAGCUGGUGUUCAACUUUUAAAUGCAUAUAAACACUACAGUAAUAUGAUGGGACAAGUACUAUUUUCCAAGUUAAAGUCCAAAAACACAUAGUACCUUAUUCAUUUCUCUCUUCUUGUUCCAAUGACUAAUACCAACUCAUCAUACAAUGAUGUGAUUGUUGUCAUGGUGCCACUUCCUGAUUACAGUCAUCUGAAUCAGAUAUUUGUCCUUACUCGCUUCAUCGCGUCCCAUAAUAUACCAUCACACUUCCUCUGCGUAGCUAAUCUGAACCAAGAUUUGAAACUACGCGUUCAAGGUAGUCCUGAGGCCUCAAACAUCCAUUUUGACGAUCUCUUGACAGAUGACGAUGAUGAUGGUGGUGGUUAUAAUGGUACAUCUUCAUGUAUAAUCAUGAAAAAACUCAGGGAGUUUAUUCAUAAAACAUGCCUUGAACUCUCCAAAAUCGCGAAGAAAUUAGUCGUAAUUUAUGACUUUUUGAUGACAGAACCUGUAUUGGAUGUUCAUACAUUCGCGAAUGUCAAGUCUUAUAUCUUCCACACUGGGUCGUCUUUUAGCAAAUAUUCAUCCCUCCAACAAAGUGUUGGUGGCGUAGCUAAUGAUGUCGAUCAUGACAAGAUGGUCGAGCGAAUGCAGGAUGAGUUUCCAGUGCUGGAGGCACAAGUGAAAUCGUUCUUCAGAGUGGAACAUGAGUGGAAGUUCCACUCUGGAGAAGUCAUGAACUCAUGUAAAGAAGUGGAAGGUAAGUACAUAGAUUUACUUGCCAAUGCAAAACACAAGCCGUUAUGGGCUUUUGGUCCAUUUCAUAUGAUGCUAGAAUCACGCGAUUCUAGCAACAGGACUCGUCAUGAAUGUCUGGAAUUUCUCGACAAGCAAGAUGUUAACUCAGUAAUAUUCGUCUCAUUUGGAAAAACCACUUCAUUUUCACAAGAGCAAGUCAAUGAACUCGCGCUUGGUUUAGAACAAAGCAACCAUAGAUUUAUUUGGGUACUAAGAAAACCUGAUGUUAUAAAGAAAGAUGAGAAGAUUGAAUUACCAGAAGGGUUCGAAGACAGAGUGGAAGGAAGAGGAAUGGUGGUGAGAAAUUGGGUACCCCAAUUGGAAAUCUUGGGACAUUCAUCUACAGGCGGGUUUCUGAGUCACUGUGGAUGGAAUUCUUGUCUCGAGAGCAUUAGCAUGGGAGUACCUCUAGCAACUUGGCCUAUCGAUUAUGAUCAGCCAUUUAACGCUGUAUAUGUAACCAAUUUACUGAAGAUUGGAAUGUCUGUCAAGAGUUGGGCUCUCCGGGAUGAAUUGGUAACAGCAUCAACCAUUGAUAAAGCCGUGAAGACAUUGAUGGGUACGACAGAAGGGGAAGAGAUGAGGCAAAAGGCCGCGGAGUUGAGCAAUAAGAUCAAAAGCUCCGUUAGCGAUGGAGGACCUGCGCGAAAGGAAAUGGAAUCGUUCAUUUCGAAUAUUAUCAAAACCUUGUAACUGAAAUAUUGUUGCAUGAUGAAAUUUAAGCUCCAUAACAGAUAAAAGUGCAAAAAUUUUGUGUAUGCCAUAGUGUAUACAAGGUAAAUCCCAUUAUUCAAAAGGAGUAUACUGGCGUAUCUUUGAGUACUUUAAA